CUCCCAGCACGGUUCUCUUCCUCCCUGUCGCCCCCCGUGGCCAUCAGGCGCUAGUGUAGGUUGAUUUGUGCUGCCGUGCCCCCUGCGCUGCAAAAGGGCGCGCCGACCCGACAGCCCCGAACAGGAGGGCCCCCGCUGUCUUCCGAUGGGCGGCGCGCUGACGUCGGUGUGCGUGUCGGUGCCCGAGGAGGUGUCGAUUGUCAUGGUGGGCCUCGACGCUGCUGGAAAGACAUCCAUCCUGUACAGCCUGAAGCUGGGCCAGGCGGUCACGACGAUGCCGACGAUAGGCUUCAACGUCGAGACCUUCUCCCGUGGGAGCCUGAACAUGAAGAUCUGGGACGUCGGCGGCCAGUCCAAGAUCCGGAGGUCGUGGCGCCACUUCUCCACGGGCGCGGUCGGCAUCAUCUUCGUCGUGGACAGCACCGACCACGAGCGGAUGGAGGAGGCCCGUGAGGAGCUGCACAACCUCCUGAGGGAGGAGCAGAUGCAGGAGGCGACCGUGCUGGUCUACGCGAACAAGCAGGACGCGCCGCAGGCCCUGGCCGCCUCCGAGGUGGCCGAGCGCCUCGCGCUGCACAGCCUGCGGAGCACGUCCUGGUUCGUCCAGGAGGCCACUGCCACGCGCGGAGCCGGCACCGCCGAAGGUCUCGAGUGGCUCACGCGCGAGGUGCGCAGCAGGCUGCGGGAGGCCUGCUAGGGCCCCCGAGGGGGGGCCCGCGGCGCGCGGGGCAGCGGCAGGGCCUCGGCAGGCGCGCCCGCACACUCUCCCGUUGUGGACUGCGUGGGGGCGCCGGGCCGAGGCAGCUGCCCAGAAGGGGACGUCCAGCAUCAGCACCAAUCCUGGCCGGGCUCAUCUCGGGUGCUGGGCCUGAUGUCUCCUGCCCAGCGGUCGUUGAAAGUAGGCAUCUCUGGAUUUCCGGAUCCCAGUCUCCUUUCGACGCCUGCCUGCUUCGAGGAUCGAGUGGCUUCACCUUCUCCGUCCUCCUGAGGGGGCGGACGGACGCCACUCCACUCGCACCGCCUUCCCGCUUCAUGCUUCUACCUGCUUCUUCCGACCGAUGGGCGCUCGUAAGAGUGACCCCUCGCCGGAGUGGCCCUGACGGCGGGCCCGUUGGGGUCGCCCGUUCGCCGAGCGCGAUGCGACGGCAGCGUCUGACGCGCUGGGGUUUGGCGCCUCCCCCCCCCGCGCGACUCCCCGAAGGCCACGCACACGAGGUCCCUCUUUGCCCGGGGCCACUCCUGGCGCUCAGCUGCCUCGGUGCGCCCGUCUUGAUACGCAGCACGUGCCGUGCUCAAGCCGUGCGUGUCCAUGCGUUGCGUGUGGGCUCAGCGUGUGGGCCCACGGCUUGGCGAGCGCAUCGCGUGUCAGACCUGCGUUUUCAGUGUACGUGUUGAGCUCCGUCUCAAUACGCUAUACGUGCUGCGUGUUGCGUAUCGGGGCAGCUAAGCUCUUGCGUGUAGCCGAUGAUGGUAAGCUGACCCUCCAGGCACAGGGAGGGCUUAGGAUGGGCUUGGCCAGGGUUGGUAAAUAGUUACCCAGCUGCCUGGGACAAGCCCCGCCACCGUGCCAGCCCGGCACGCAAGGUGGCGCCCGUUCGAAGAGUGCAGGGGGGCUCGUGUCUGGAGGGUUUGGGG